AUGUGUUUGCUAAGUGGCCGGGAUAGGGUUCUCGCCGAAGCGCCCGUGCCGCCUGUGCGCUCCCGAGCAGAGUGCGCGGCGGUGGAGGCGGCGGUGGCGGCGAUGGCGCUUUUCAACGUUAAUGGCAUUCAAUCGAAAAAAUGUGAAAUCCCUCGUGAUACGGACGGCAAGGAACCCAAGGACUUGACAGCAAACAGAACAAUGUUUCCCAGUACACAGAUAAAGAUGAGGUUGCUGUCCCCCAGCAGCUCGCCGGCUACGUCGCCCACGAUGUCCAACUCAUCGUCGCCGACGCCGCCGGCCCUCAACUACAACCACAAGAUCACGGGCAUCCCGUGCGUAGCGGCCGCGUCGCGCUACACGGCACCCGUGCACAUCGACGUCGGCGGCACCAUCUACACGUCGUCGCUGGAGACGCUUACCAAGUAUCCUGAUUCUCGUCUGGCAAAGCUGUUCAACGGCAGCAUCCCCAUAGUGCUGGACUCACUUAAGCAGCACUACUUCAUAGAUCGUGACGGCGGCAUGUUCCGUCAUAUUCUUAACUUCAUGCGCAACUCGCGCCUUCUCAUCCCCGAGAACUUUGCAGACAUCGACCUCUUGCUGGAGGAGGCGCGCUAUUUCGACAUAGCUCCGAUGUGCCGCCAACUGGAGCAGCUGAAGAAGGAGCGCCUGAAGAACGGGGCGGCGGGCGCGCUGGCCGGGGGCAACGGCGCGGCGGCCAAGGGCCGCGGGGCGGC